CCUCAGUCAUUCUUUCGCUCUCUCUCCCAGCGCCUUACAACUUGUACCUCCAAACAACGACAAUGUUUGCGCUCCCUGUUGGCGGUCUCCCAAAGUUCAUUUUGCUCUCAGCAGUGUUCUCAGUGUUCAAUACUGCCCAGUGCAUUCUCUCCCCGCUCGGCCUCACCCGCCGCAUCUACUCGCGCCAGCCCGAGCAGGUAACGCAGCUGACAUCGCAUGUCUUUGCUGCAUGGACUGCCCUGUCGGCAAUCCUUCGGUACCAGUGCGCCUACAACAUGAACAACGCUAUGGUUUACGACAUCACCUUUUGGUCGUAUGUCAUUGCCUGCACGCACUUUGUUUCCGAGACCGUCGUCUACAAGUCUGUCCGGUUCCCUGGCCCCGUCAUCAGCACAUUCUGCGUUGCACUGACCUCCAUCGUCUGGAUGAUAAAGGAUCGCGAUCUCUAUGUGCGCUAGGCUUCAUUAGAUAUGCUUGCUGCAACA